GCUGCUGCGGUGUGUGCAGGGAAAUUCCCCUGAGCUAGGAGAUCGUGCGAUUGUUUGUCCAGACCCCAAGGAAACAGAUCUCGUUCUCCUAACGUGAGUGGUGGUCUCCUGGGCUGGAACACGUGGCUCUUCAGAGGCCUGGAGGGCAGUGAGGCUGGCGAAGAUGCUCGGCAGAUGCUCAGGAACAUCCUCUCUGAUGAGGGUGGAAGAUGCAUGUUUCACACUUGCUGUGGGCGCUCAGGCAAAGAUCCUUUUCACCAAGGAGCCAUACUCGCAGGACGCCCUGCACGGCCGCAGCGCCAUCCUCCGCUGCGAGGUGGAGGAGCCGGCGGACGUGCAGUUCGAGUGGCUGCAGAAUGGGCUCCCCGUUGAGGACACGGAGCAGCGCUUCAAGGAAGGCAGCAACCUCCAGUUUGCUGCCGUGGAUCGGCACCGGGACGCCGGGGACUUCCAGUGUGUAGCCAGGAACUCGCUGACAGGGGAGGAGGCCCGCACGGCCAACGCCUCGUUCAACAUCAAGUGGAUCGAGACAGGCAGUGUGGUGCUGAAGCAGCCAGGCAGCACAGCUGAGAUCCAGCCCUCCUCCGCCGUGGUGCUGCGGUGUCACAUCGACGGCCACCCGCGCCCCACGUGGCAGUGGUUCCGGGACGGCAGCCCCAUCCCCGACGGCCGCAGCGCCUAUGCCGUCAGCAACAAGGAGCGAACGCUGACCCUGCAGAGCGCCAGCCCCGACGACAACGGCCUCUACUACUGCUGCGCCCGCAGUGCCGUCGGCUCCGUCUGCAGCCGCGACAACUUCACGCUCAAUAUCAUCGACGAGAGCUUUCCUCAGGCAGUGAUCGUCCCGCAGGACCUCAUUGUGACCAAGAAUGAAGAGGCCAUGUUUGACUGCCAGUUUGCAGCCGUGCCCCCUCCCACGCAGGAAUGGCUCUUUGAAGACAGCCCCAUCACCAACAAAUCAAAGACCACCGUAUUUGCCAAUGGCUCCCUGCUGAUCACCCAGGUGAGGCCUCGCAGCACCGGCGUCUACAAGUGCGUUGGCCACGGGCAGAGGGGGAAAGAUCUUGUGCUGAAGGCGACUCUGCGGCUAGCAGAGAUCGAAGACAUGGCACCCUUCUCCCCGAAGGUGCUGACGGCGAACCAGGGGCACCACGUGGCCUGUGCCGCCCCCCGAGGCGUACCCACCCCCCAGGUCUGGUGGGAGAGGAACCAGGAGCGAGUCCCCACUGCUGGCAGGGUGCACCAAGAGGGAGAGCAGCUCGUUUUCACCAGCAUCACCGAGGCGGAUGCGGGCACCUACACUUGCCGUGCCGCCAACAAGGCCGGAGAGAAGAAACAGGAGCUGAGCAUCACUGUGGCUACGGUACCCAAGUGGGUGGAGAUGCCAAAGGACAGCCAGCUGGAGGAGAGCAAGCCAGGAUACCUGCACUGCCUCAGCAAGGCCUCCCUGAAACCCACCGUCACCUGGUACCGCAACGGCGUCUCCAUAUCUGAGGACUCGCGGUUUGAGAUCUCUGAGAACGGGACGCUGCGCAUCAAUAACGUGGAGGUGUACGACGGGACCAUGUACAAGUGCGUGAGCAGCACGCCCGCCGGCAGCAUCGAGGGCUACGCGCGCGUGCACGUGCUGGAGAAGCUGAAGUUCACGCCGCCGCCGCAGCCGCUGCAGUGCAUGGAGUUCGACAAGGAGGUGACCGUGUCCUGCUCAGCCACUGGCCGGGAAAAACCCACCAUCCAGUGGACUAAAACAGAUGGGAGCAGCCUGCCGUCCCACGUCAGCCACAACGCCGGCGUCUUGGCCUUCCACAAGGUGAGCAGGAGCGACUCGGGGAACUACACGUGCAUCGCCUCCAACAGCCCGCAGGGAGAGAUCCGCGCCACCGUGCAGCUCGUGGUGGCAGUUUACGUCACCUUCAAGCUAGAGCCGGAGCACACGACGGUGUACCAGGGGCACACAGCCAUGUUCCAGUGCCAGGCAGAGGGGGACCCAGUGCCACACAUCCAGUGGAAAGGGAAAGACAAGAUUUUGGAUCCUGGCAAGCUCCUGCCCAGGAUUCAGAUCAUGCCCAAUGGCUCCCUGGUGAUUUACAAUGUCACCACCAAGGACUCCGGGAAAUACACCUGUAUCGCUGGCAACAGCUGCAACAUCAAACACCGCGAGGCCUCCCUGUAUGUCGUAGACAAGCCAUCAGCAGAAGAGGAUGAGGGAUCUGGCAACCACACUCCCUACAAGAUGAUCCAGACCAUCGGGCUGUCGGUGGGGGCAGCUGUUGCCUACAUCAUCAUCGUGCUGGGGCUGAUGUUCUACUGUAAGAAGCGGAGAAAAGCCAAGAGGCUGAAGAAGCACCCGGAGGGCGAGGAGCCCGAAAUGGAGUGUUUGAACGGUGGGGCUUUGCUGCAGAAUGGGCAGAUGACAGCAGAGAUCCAGGAAGAAGUGGCCUUGACCAACCUGGGGAGCAGCUCUGGGGCCAGCAAGCGGCACAGUGCUGCCGACAAGAUGCACUUCCCACAUUCCAACCUGCAGACAAUCACCACCCUGGGCAGGGGGGAGUUUGGUGAGGUGUUCCUGGCCAAGGCAAAAGGUGCAGAGGAUGGCGAGGGUGAAGCGCUGGUGCUGGUGAAGAGCCUGCAGACGAGGGAUGAGCAGCUGCAGCUGGACUUCAGGCGAGAGGCAGAGAUGUUUGGCAAGCUGAACCACUCCAACGUGGUGCGGCUGCUGGGGCUGUGCCGCGAGGCAGAGCCGCACUACAUGGUCCUGGAGUAUGUGGACUUGGGGGACCUGAAGCAGUUCCUGAGGAUCUCCAAGAGCAAAGAUGAGUCUCUGAAGCCGCAGCCCCUCACUACCAAACACAAGGUGUCUCUCUGCACGCAGGUGGCCCUGGGCAUGGAGCACCUCUCCAACGGCAGGUUCGUGCACCGGGACUUGGCGGCCAGGAACUGCCUGGUCAGCGCCCAGAGGCAGGUCAAGGUGUCGUCCCUGAGCCUCAGCAAGGACGUGUACAACAGCGAGUACUACCACUUCCGCCAGGCCUGGAUCCCGCUGCGCUGGAUGCCGCCCGAGGCCGUGCUGGAGGACGAGUUCUCCACCAAGUCGGACGUCUGGUCCUUCGGGGUGCUCAUGUGGGAGGUCUUCACGCACGGGGAGAUGCCCUACACCUCGCUGGCGGAUGAUGAGGUCCUAGCAGGCCUGCAGUCGGGAAAGACGAAGCUGCCGCAGCCCGAGGGCUGCCCGUCCCGGCUGGCCAAGCUGAUGCAGCGCUGCUGGGCGCCCAGCCCCAAGGACCGGCCCUCCUUCAGCGAGCUCGCCAGCGCCCUGGCCGACAGCCCGCCCGACAGCAAGGCCUGAGCGGCCCCUGGCCGGGGCAGGGCCGCGGGAUGGAGCUGCCCGGCUCGGCCCCUCGCCGAGCCCGACACCCCGGCGCCGAGCUCGGCACCAGCGGCUGCUGGACUCAAAGCACAAGCCAGUGUACCCCAGCCCCAUCGCCCUUCUCCUCCACGGGGCCCAAAAAACAACCUCUUGCUCUCCGCCUGCCCAGCCCGGCGCCCGUGGGCUGCUGGCAUGGAUGGAGCACAGCUCCCAUCACCCAGCCAGAGCUGGGCUCCAGCAUCCGAUCCUCCAUCCCAGCUCCUCUCACCCGUCCACAACUGGGCUCCAGCACCAGAUCCUCCGUCCCAGCUCCCCCAUACGCACCCUGAGCUGGGCUCCACUAUCAGAUCUUGCAUCCCAGCUCCCCUCACCCGUCCACAACUGGGCUCCAGCACCAGAUCCUCCGUCCCAGCUCCCCCAUGCCCACCCUGGGCUGGGCCCCAGCCCCAGGCCCUCGCUCCCAGCUCGCCGGUGCGUGCCCGCCUGGCCCGGGCUCCCUCGCCAUGCGUCUCCCCGCCCGUCUGUGCUAGGCAUGUCUGCCUUCCCCCACACAGGCCAGCCAGCAGGAACACAAAGUGCCUGGCAUAUGAAGGAGCUCACAACCUUUCCCCAAGUACCCUGUGCCUUUUUUUUUGUACGACUCUGGGCAGCGCCCCUCUCCCUCUUUUCUCUUCCAGAGUGCUGACUCGUCCCUACCAUAGUAUUUCUGUUACUGGAAUGCAACCUAGAGUGGAUUAGUUUGUUUGCUUGAGUGGAGGGUACCGCAGCCAAGAAGGGUUGGAUUUUGGUGGGUUUUUAUGUGCUGCUCUCAAUAAAG